AUGCUAGCCCUCGUCACCUUUGUCAAGAAAUUCCGACACUUGCUGCUCGCCAAACACUUCAUCGUCCGCACCGACCACCAAGCCCUCAAAUGGCUCCGGAAUUUUAAGGAUGCAGAAGGACAAGUCGCCAGAUGGCGGGAGCUACUUGAAGAAUUUGACUUUGAAGUUCAAUAUCGCCCUGGGAAACGUCACAAUAACGCCGACACUCUCUCCCGUCCACCACUCCCCCCGACGAGGACACCGAACGACGCCUUUCCUGUGGCAGCUAUCCAAAUAUCACAGGCAGCCCAGGAGCAAUGGGCUCAAAUGCAAGCGUCCGAUCCCAAUGUAUCCCUCAUCUAUGAUCGCCAGUUACAUGGAUCCCCUAAACCCACCGCCCGCGAAAUGGAGAGCCUCAGCUGGGAGGCCCAUUGUCUCUGGUCUAUGUGGCCCUUCCUCCGUCUAAUCGACAACAUCUUGUUCUUCCAGCAUCACCCCUCUCAUCCCAACCGUCUAGUGGUCCCUCGCACUCUUAGGCCCCAAGUCAUCCGUGCUACCCAUGAAGAACUGGCACAUUGCGGGCAAGCCAAGACACUCGCCGCGGUUCCUCAACGAUAUUGGUGGCCCGAUCAGCGACGCGACGUAGUUUCUGUCUGUCAGACGUGUCAAACUUGCGCUCAAAUCAAGGACCCUGUAGUCCGUCCCCGGGCGCCACUGGAACCAAUGUCGGCAGGCUUUCCCAACCACCGCAUCGGCUUAGACAUCAUCGGACCUUUAUUUCAGACUAAGAAAGGCAAUCGCUUCAUUUUGGUUAUCGUCGACUAUUUCACGAAAUGGUGCGAAGCCAUCCCACUCCCAAAUUCGGAAAGUUUAACUGUAGCAGCGGCUCUAGUCGAUCACUGGAUCGCUCGCUAUGGGUCCCCCUACAUCAUCCACACGGAUCAAGGAACCGCCUUCGAAAACCACCUAUUCCGUGCCCUAUGUCACCUCCUCGGCAUAGUCAAAACGCGCUCCUCACCUUUCCACCCAGCCGGGAACGGUCAGACGGAACGCACGAACAAGACUCUCGUGGCGUUCCUCCGCAGCAUGGUUGAUCAGUCCCGUGCAGAUUCCUGGGACGAUCUUCUUCCCCGAUGCCUUUUGGCCUACCGCGCCACCACUCACUCCUCCACUUCAUUUAGCCCCCACAUGAUGCUUUUCGGACGCGACCUGCGCCUCCCGUCUGACGUAACUAUCCCACACAGCACCCCGGAAAUGGCACAACCACACCGGUAUCUCGAGCAGCUCAUUGACUCCCUACAAACCAUCCACACCACAGCCAGAACGAAGUUUCAGGCUGCACACUCCCACCAGAAGGAUUAUUAUGACCAUCUGGCACACGGAACUCAAUACGAACCCGGCGACCGUGUUUGGUUGCACAACGACCAACCCCCCGCCGGGUAUGCCAGUAAGUUUCAUCGUCAGUGGUCUGGACCCUAUAUCGUCCUUCGACCGCUCUCAAAUUCCGUCUGCCGCAUUCGCCUAGAAUCUGAUCCCUUCGGCCGGAUUAUCCAGGUGCAUUUCAAUCGGCUCGAACCAUGUUUAUCAGAGCAUCAGCCCUCCCAACACCCCGUUCCAUCGACCUCCCACCCAACCACAUCCCUCACCACCCUUUACACUCCACCAGCACCCCGCAACGUCAUUCUUCGUACAACUCGCGCUGAGGACAGCGCUCAAUCCUGA